GGGAGUCGAGCGCAGCCGCGCGUGAGGAGCAAGAAAUUUAAAUUUCUUAAAAUUAACUCCGCGUGCGCUCGGAUUAAUAACGGAAUUAACGGUCGCUGUUCAUUAGCAUCAUGCUACACACCAUCAGAAUGAUGGAUUUAGUGAUGGAGCUGCUCGUCGCCAUGCUCGCCUCAGGUGUGUGGUUCAUCCCAACAUGUGAAACUCAAGGAUGCGGUAGGCCUGUUGUAGGAGCUCGUAUUGUAGGAGGAAGUGAGGCACAGGACGGGGCGUGGCCUUGGCAAGUGGACAUCCAGAUGGGAGCAAGCGGCCAUGUUUGUGGAGGAUCCAUCAUCUCUAAAGAUUGGGUUCUGUCCGCGGCACACUGUUUCCCCAACCCCUCAGAUGUGUCCUCAUACCGUCUCUACAUGGGCCGCUAUCAGCUCAACGGCGCUAACCAGUUUCAGAUGCUGAGAUUAGUGAAGAGGGUGGUGGUGGCACAGGGGUACUCCCUCCCUCAGGAGGGCAGAGACUUGGCACUUGUAGAGCUGGACUCGCCACUCACCUGGACAAUCCACAUCCAGCCUGUGUGUUUGCCCAACACCGGCUUCACUUUCUACACUGGAACCAUGUGCUACGUCACAGGCUGGGGUGACACGCAGGAGGGAGUCUCGCUGUCUGGAGUCGGGACGCUACAGGAAGUCGGAGUGCCCAUUAUCGACAGGGACGCCUGCAACGCCAUGUACCAGAUCGACUCGUCUAACUCAGACAAAGUGUCUAUCCUGUCAGACAUGAUCUGCGCCGGGUACCAGGAGGGAGGCAAGGACUCGUGUCAGGGCGACUCCGGCGGACCCCUCGUCUGUUCCUUCGGGAACGGCACAUGGAUCCAGGCGGGUGUGGUGAGUUUUGGACUGGGGUGUGCUCAGAGGAACCGACCCGGCGUGUACGCCAGAGUGUCGAGCUUUGCGGGCCUGAUCCGUUCCACGGUGCCGGAGGCCCAGCUGCUGGACCGGGCCUGUAAGCGUGCGGCUCCUGGCCUGGUGGUGCUCGGUGUGGUCCUCACAGCCCUGAUCCUCGGGAGGUAGUGAGCCUGUUCAGUGGACUCGCACUGCACUACUGACCUGCAGCCUGGACGUCUCACAGCCUGGAGCCAUGCGGGACUCUUUAUAUAGAUAACACUCACCAUCAUGCAGAAACACUACGACAGGAAAUCAAUGAACCCAAACCUUAGGCGUUAUUUUUUUACACAAAAAAAAUGCAUCAGGCUUUUUUAAUUUUUUUAUUGAUAAAUGCAAUAAU